GUUACAAGAGACACUUAACGCAGAGUGUGCUUAGCCAAAGAUUGAACUGAACUGAACUGGUUCUGGGUUAAUCGCUCCGAGAGCGAUUAAUGGCGUCAUAAGUCUCUACUAGCCAAUUAUAAAGCUUAUAAGUAUUUGUUUGACCAAUAAACGUAGGCUGAAUAACACAGAGUGGGUUAACCCAGAGCCAGUCGAACAUGCUAUAAAUUCUGCUGCACCGUUGGAAAGAACAGUAACCUCUGACGUUACUUCUGCUAGAAAGAACGCACCAGUGUACACUUCUUGAACUAGUGCAAGAAGUUCAGCUGGAAAGAACAAACCUAUAGACAUUUGUGGUAUUGGCACAUGGUUGCGCCUUUAGAAGUAAACUGUUUACGUCCACUAUAGUAAAAUAUAACACAAAUGGAUAAUCAAUACAAAACAAUUCAUCCUGUAAAAUAUUUGCAGGAUCAUUUUGUGCAAAAUAUUCGACCAGAUGGCAGGAAAUUCCUGUCUUUCCGACCAAUAAAUAUUAAUGUUUCAUCAAUUGUUCAAGCAGAUGGUUCAGCGAUAUUCAAGUUGGGCAAUACAACUGUGGUGUGCGGCAUUAAAGCUGAAUUAGCGACACCAAGAACAGAUACUCCAGAAUAUGGUUAUAUUGUACCAAAUGUUGAAUUAUCUCCACUGUGUUCUCCCAAGUUUCGUCCAGGCCCACCAAAUGAGCAAGCGCAAGUGAUUUCCAAACUAAUAGAUACAAUAUUGAAAAAUUCCACCGCACUUGACUUAACAGAUCUUUGCAUCUGUAAAAGAAAACUGGUAUGGGUUUUAUAUUGUGACAUGUUGUGCUUAAAUUAUAAUGGCUCGGUCAUAGAUGCUUGCACAGGCGCAUUGAUCGCAGCUCUCAAAACAUUAACUCUACCUGAAGUAAAUUACAAUUCGGAAACGGGAGUCAUUGUUGUGCACCCAAAAAAGAGAAAGCUAUUCGUUAUGAGAACGCUGCCAGUUUCUACAUCAUUCGCAAUAUUUGAGAAACAAAUGUUAAUUGCUGAUCCUACAGACGAAGAGGAAAGCUCGUCGUUAGGAAGAUUAUUUAUUGUAAUAGAUAGUGAAGAAGAAAUUUGUUAUGUGCAUAAACCAGGUGGUGUUCCAAUAUCACAAAAUUUGUUUUCCAAGGCAGUAGAAAUAGCAAAAACCAGAGCAAACCUAGUCCAAUCAUUGAUCCACGCUGCUAUCUCGACGUUGAAAGUUAAAACAAAUAUUUGAAUAUUUUAAAAAAUAAAACACUUGUUUUUGUUUUAUUAUUA